UCACAUGUCGAAGGCGGCGCCGUUUGUGAAACGUCCGUCUCUGCUCUGAUUAUUUUGUUGUCACAAACCUGACGGCAGCGACGCCAUAGAGACAGCAGUGGAGUGGAUUUAUAAAGUGAAAGUUCAUCAGUGACAGAAGCUCCUGCGUUGUAUUGAGUUAAAGACAAUUAUCUACUGUCGGGCAUUGGUACCACGUGCCAGCCAGGAUGAUUCUGGGGACAUUGAAAGACAUCGGGAAGCAGCUCCUGCGGGUGAAGGUUGUCGACUAUAACACGGACGAGUCCCGCUUGUGUCGAUGCCUCAACACGUUUGACCUGGUGGCUCUGGGUGUGGGCAGCACGCUCGGGGCCGGCGUUUACGUGCUUGCCGGCGCCGUAGCGCGAACCGACUCUGGACCCGCCAUCAUCCUCUCCUUCUUCAUUGCCGCCUUGGCCUCCGUGCUGGCUGGUCUGUGCUACGCCGAGUUUGGAGCCCGUGUUCCCAAAACAGGCUCCGCUUACCUCUACAGCUAUGUCACGGUGGGAGAACUGUGGGCCUUCAUCACUGGCUGGAACCUCAUCCUCGCUUAUGUCAUUGGAACUUCAAGCGUCGCCAGAGCGUGGAGUGCAACCUUCGAUGAACUGAUUGGAGGACACAUUGAGGAAUUCUGCAGACGAUACAUGACCAUCAGGGCCCCCGGUGUCCUGGCAGAAUAUCCAGACAUAUUCGCUGUCCUCAUCAUAAUAACUUUGACAGGACUACUUGUAUUUGGAGUGAAGGAGUCAGCCUUGGUAAAUAAAGUGUUCACCUGCGUCAAUGUGCUGGUGCUGCUCUUUGUCUUCAUCUCUGGCAUCAUCAAAGGAAACCUAGAGAACUGGAACUUGGAUCCUGAGAAGAUCCUCAAUGCCACCAGAAACUCGAGCCUCAAUGAAUCUGGUUUUCUACCAACAAAGGAAAUUCUUGGUGAAGGUGGUUUCAUGCCUUUUGGCGUCUCCGGAGUCCUCUCUGGUGCAGCCACCUGUUUUUAUGCCUUCAUAGGUUUUGACUGCAUUGCCACUACAGGUGAAGAGGUGAAGAAUCCCCAGAGGGCCAUUCCUAUUGGGAUCGUGGCCUCGCUGCUUAUCUGUUUCGUGGCGUACUUCGGUGUGUCCGCCGCCCUCACCGCCAUGAUGCCGUACUACCUGCUGGACGAAAACAGCCCUCUGCCGGUGGCAUUUAAAUACGUGGGCUGGGAUGGAGCCACCUAUGCAGUGGCUGUGGGCUCUUUGUGUGCCCUGUCAACCAGUUUACUAGGUGCCAUGUUCCCAAUGCCCAGAGUCAUCUGGGCCAUGGCAGAAGAUGGUCUGCUCUUCAAAUGUUUGGCUAAAACCAGCGAACGAACCAAAACCCCUCUAACAGCUACAAUAACAUCAGGCGUUGUGGCAGCUGUGAUGGCGUUCCUGUUCGACUUGAAGGACCUGGUUGACCUCAUGUCCAUUGGCACCUUGCUGGCCUACACUCUGGUUGCUGCCUGUGUGCUUGUCCUCAGGUAUCAGCCGGAGCAGCCCAACCUCGCGUACGAGAUGGCCAACACUCAGGACGAGCCUGAAAACGCCGAGUCAUACAACGAGGGGAACAUGGACAUGUUGCCACAGCCAGAGGAUCAGUUCACCGUCAAGAAUCUCCUUUGCCCUGCGAACACGGAGCCGACGCCGCUCUCUGGCUUUGCCGUCAACAUUUGCACAAGUAUACUUGGUGUGCUGGUGUUUCUCUUCAGUGUCAUCGCGGUACAAGGAGGCCUGGCCUCCUGGUCAGUGACUCUCCUCGUCAUCAUCAUGCUCAUGUGUUUGAUUCUGUGCGUUGUCGUGUGCAGGCAGCCGCAGAGCAAGGCCAAGCUUUCCUUCAAGGUUCCUCUGCUGCCCUUUUUGCCCGUCAUUAGUAUGUUUAUUAACGUGUACCUGAUGAUGCAGCUCGACAAAGGAACCUGGCUCCGCUUUGCCAUCUGGAUGGCCUUAGGUUUCAUCAUCUACUUCGGCUACGGCAUUCGAAACAGCGCCGAGGCGUCGCUGACUAGGUCGGACGACGCGUACGCGCCGCCGUGCACCAUCAAAGGCCAGCCCAUGACGAAGGAGAAGGAAGCCUUUCUAAGCGAAGCGGCCAACGCCGCCAAAGACGAUGACGCAGAUUGCUGAUGAAACAGGAGGUUCACUAAUUUAUUUUGGCUCUGAUCGCUUCAUCAAACACUGACAUAUGUUAAAUUCCCCCCAAAAAAUGGCUGCAAAUCCUGGAGACAUACGGCAGCGUGUUUGUCCUCGGCGCGUUGGGUCGAUUUCCUAAUUUCAGCCGGACAUAUUGUCUCAUUUAGUUUGGCGGCCAAAUAUGAGACGACAUGAGGGAAGAAACAGGAUGUAGAUUUUAGUGGAUGAAAAGUUUUACCUUCUAAACUAAAACAAUUUUAUGAUUUUGCCACUUCAGGUUUACCAAACACAAAUUAAACCGUGGAAAGGAACCAAAAACAAAACUUGUUUAUUUAAUUUUUUUAAAGGUAUGCAGUGUGUUGACUGUAUGUAAUGUUAAACUUCAUUUUGGUUCCUAAAUCCACAGGAUACACUCAUAAUCAUUAUUAUAAUUAUUGUUAUUAUUGUUACAUUUUUAAGUUUAAACUUAUUUUUAAUACUUGCUGCGCAGCAGAGCCACAGUUGGAUGGAGCACAAAAUCAACAAGUAAUAGAACUUUAAACAUGACUUUUAUCAACUGCGCUUUUGAUAAAAGUUACAAUGGGAAGUGGUUAAUUUUUAUCUUAAUUAUUAUUAUAAAUGACAAAGUCGUUAUUGCAGCUCAUCUUUAAGUAGUUUGUUUGCAGAAAGCAGGUUUAUAUUUCCAUCAUUCAGUCGGCACAGUGAUAAUCCCAUUUAAAAAUAUACAGUAAUUGGACUAUGGAUUACGUUAUUCGGGUAUGUUAGUUCGACGAGUGUGUCUCGGGCCUAGCUAAUCUUAGAAAUACCAGUUACGUGAUAUUUUGCACAUAGAAACAGCGUAGCAACAUGUUUACAGAUGCAUUCCGUCCACAUGGAAACAGCGUUUUACGGGACGUGAAAAUGGUAUUUUUCUCAAAAACGCCAGCCCGCUACUUUUAGGGGAAAAAAAGUAUUGAAUCGUAAAAAAAUAAAGACAGGAGAAAACAAAAGCUAUUUUUUAGCUUUCAGCUUCAGUUCCACACUCAUUCGACUGCACUGAACAUCCACAGCUCGCUCUUGUCUGUGCGUCGGGGUUUGUGAGGUCGCUCAGACUUUCAGACUUUGUAAAUACUUGCUUGAUAUUGAGUCUGCAAUCGUGCGCCACGUUACAUGUUACAUUACAUGUCAUUUAGCAUUUAGAAAUGCACUUAUUGUAAGACACUUUUAUCCAAAGCGUCUGUGCAUUAACUGCUGAAACUGUAAAGUAGAAGAGCCAGUAGGAGGCGCCCUCACCUUCUCUGUUCUUCCCUGUAAUUCGUCACAAUCUCUCAACUCAAAACUGUGUCUUUCUCGGAUCACAUGAUUUUACUUGAUGGUGAUUUCUAUGGAAUUUAUAAAUUUAUAAAAGAAGUGGUCAUUUAUAAUUUAUACAUUUAUAAAAGAAGUGGUCAUUUAUAAUCCUUAAACAGCUGAAAGUUUCACUGUAUCUUCAAGGGCCUUUUGAGAAAUAUCUCUUAUGGUGCAACUUUACACUUAAGAGUUAUUUAACUGUUACUGAGUAAAGGUAUAGAAAACAAACAUCUGUGCCUUUUACAUUAAAUUAGUAUCUUUCUGACCUUUUUAAGUGUCUUCUAGUUGGUUGAUAUUAAUCAGAUUCACCGGUGUCGUCUCUCGUGGGAUAUUGCACUUUAAAUUCCGAUAAAAGCAAAUCUUAUUGGAUAUUUUAAAAUGAAUGUAUCGUAAGUUCUGUGUGAUCAUCUAUGAAUGUUAUAUAUAGAGAGAGAGUGUGUAUAAUUUUAUGUGUAAAGACAAUGUAAAAAUGGGGUUGAGGCACAAAUGGUCGGUGACACUGAACACCUUCGGACCCCGGUUAGACCUGGUCUUAACGUCCACGCCUGAGUAAUCCGAUCACAGCGUCAAGUCCACGCCUGAGUGUGUCGUAAGAUUUGAUCAUAAAAAAACAUAUUAGGAGGAUUUUUAAUGGUUUAACGACAUUCCUGUGUCUGCAGAGACAGUCUAUCACCAGCUCAUCUUCUGAUUUACUGCAGUUUUACAGUAUUUUUACUUCUAAAAUGUCCUAAUUUUGACAUACAGUACAGUCCUGUCAUAAAACGAAGAAGUAUUUCAAAAACUGGUUUAAAACUAAAACAUAUUAUUGUUAUUUAUUUGGCAACUUAAAACAUACGUUCAUGCAGACUCACUGGGCUUCUACUCUGAGAAAUGAAGCAUAACAUUCAGCCACUAAAACACAUUUUCCUCUUUAGAAAGGCAAGUAAAUAACUUUAAUUUAGCGUUUUAAUCAAGAAAUAAUAAUGUGCUUUACUAUUUUUUACAGUUUGGAAAGUCAUAAUGAUAAUAUGAUAAUUAUGUCAGCAUUAUAAAAAUGUUGUUCUUAAACAUUAAUCAUUACAGAAACAAAAAAAAUGAUUUUGAUAAUCUAAUUUCCAGUUUUGUUAAUUUAGUGCAGCUGUAGCUUUGGUUGUUGCUCUAAUAAAUGUGUUAAGCACUGUAGUUGAACUGUUAUUCAUCAGCGUGAUUAGAGCAUUCUCUUUCUCUGUGACACAAACUCGCAUGUGAUGUCACAGGAGAGUCGUGCACAGGUGUGGACUCAACGCUGCCCUCUUGUGAUCAGAUCUCUCAAUUUGGACAAAUGUUAAAAGCGGAUAUAAACGGGGCCUCAAGUGAUUUUAUAUAUACACAUAUUUAUAUAUACGUAUGUAUGUG